AUGGCCAGUUUUCUGAAAACUACUCGAUCCCUCGGCAAUUUGCCAGCCCAAGUGCGAAGUAUCCUAUUUGCCCGCGGACUACCUGUUCGUACAGCUUGGACUGGGUUACAGUCUAUUUCAGAAGAUGACCCAGAACUGUUUGAUAUCAUUCGUAGAGAAAAAUCACGCCAGAGAGGAGAUUUGGAAUUGAUUGCUUCGGAGAAUUUCACUAGUCGGGCUGUCAUGAAUGCUCUUGGAUCCUGCUUGACCAAUAAAUACUCGGAAGGAUAUCCUGGCCAAAGAUAUUAUGGUGGAAAUCAGUGCAUUGACGAGAUUGAACUUAUGUGCCAACGUCGUGCUUUGGAAGCGUACGACCUUGAUCCAGAAAAAUGGGGAGUUAACGUGCAACCAUAUUCAGGGUCACCUGGCAACUUUGCAGUCUACACUGGUUUAUUAAAGCCUCAUAGUAGAGUUAUGGGUCUCGAUUUACCUGAUGGUGGACAUUUAACUCAUGGAUUUAUGUCAGGAAAAGUCAGAAUCUCUGCAACGUCAAUUUACUUUGAAUCAUUGGCUUAUCAUUCCCACAUGCACAAUUCGCCCUUGGGAAGGUCUGAGACCAAGGUCGCUUUACGUCUUCCAGACGAAGGCCGCUGUAACAGGCGGAUUUACGCACUAGAUAAUCAUCACUCUGUAAUAGCUAAAAAUGGAAACCCUGCAUGUAGAAGGUAUUUACAUCGUCGACGUAAUAAUAUUGAUAUGAUUGGAAUAAGGAUGUACGCAAAGCCGGAUACUGGAGAGGUUGACUACGACGCAUUACAAAAGCAAGCGAAAGCAUUUGUACCAGAAAUGAUUAUCGCAGGAACCAGUGCCUAUUCCAGAUUGUUGGACUAUCAAAAAUUUCGCGAGAUAUGUAACGAUGUCAAGGCAAUUCUCAUGGCCGAUAUGGCACAUAUUAGCGGCCUUGUUGCAGCUAAGGUUGUCCCUAGUCCUUUUGAAUAUGCUGACGUUGUAACAACUACUACUCAUAAAACCCUCCGGGGCCCAAGCAAGAUCAAUAAAGCUGUCUUUCCCGGUCUGCAAGGAGGUCCUCACAACAACGUCAUAGCUGGUGUUGCAAUCGCUCUGAGACAGGCUAAAACUCCAGAAUUUGUUGAAUACCAGAAACAAGUAUUAAAGAAUUGUAAAGCCAUGGCAAAUGCCUUGCUUAAUAAAGGAUACACACUUAUUUCAGGUGGUACGGAUAAUCACCUUAUUUUGGUCGACUUAAGACCAAAGGGAGUAGACGGAUCCAGAACAGAAAGGGUUCUUGAACUUGUCAAUAUUUCAACGAAUAAGAAUACUUGCCCUGGUGAUAAAAGCGCCCUAUUUCCUGGCGGAAUGAGACUCGGAACACCAGCGUUGACAUCGAGAGACUUUAAGGAAAAGGACUUUGAACAAGUUGUGGAAUUCAUUGAGCGUGGCGUACAGAUUACUUAUGAAGCAAAGCAAAAAACCGGUACCCUGAAAGAAUUCAAGGAGUUCGUUAUCAGUGACCCUGAUAUUACUGCAAAAAUUAGUGCUCUUCGUCAAGAAGUGAAAGAGUUUGCUGAGCAAUUUCCUAUGCCUGGUCAAGAUUACUAA